GUUACAUAAUGUUAUCAUAACAGUUUGUUUAAGACUCAUUGUAAAGAGUUUUUCGGUGUACUUUGUAAAAGCAACUGCGAAGCAUGGAUUUUAAUCUUAAAGAUUUUGUUAUUAUGCAAUUACGGUAGCAUCAUGUAUAAAAUGACACACCCUGCUUGAAGAAAAACGAAAUCUUUAAAUAAAUCGAACUUUGUUAAAUUAAAAAAUUAUUACAAUAAAGUCUAAAUCUAUAAAAGGAACUUAAAAUAUAAAAAUCCUUUUUAAUACUUGUAUUGUAACAUUUACAAAAGUUUUAAAAAGUAUCUUUGCAGGAAAUGAUUAUAUUAAAUGAACUUUGUGUUUCUUCUAAAUCAAUAAAAAGGUUACAUUUUUUCAGCUUUAUUUUAUUACUGUUAGAAAUAGUAGCUAGUAUACCUUUUUACAGUAACGAUACAAUGAAACGCAGUGAGGAAAAAACUACACAACCAUGGGAAAACAUAAGAUUAGCUGACAAUGUCGUUCCAUACAGCUACUUUUUGUCUCUUAACGUAAAUAUUGACGAUGAUUUCUUCGAUGGCAAAGUGAGCAUUUACGUUAAUGUAACUAAAUCAACAAAUGUAAUUGUAGUUCAUCAAGUUGAUCUCCAAAUUAAUUAUGUGCUGUUGGAAAACCUUGAAGGCAACCAAAUUCAGAUCGAAAAUCACUUUAAUUACUUUGCAAAUGAAUACUACGUAAUAAAAAUUUCUUCGAUGCUCCUAGCUAAUAAGUCCUACGUAAUUUUUAUUAAUUUUAAUGGAAUAUUGCGUUCAGAUCUUAAUGGAUUUUAUAAAAGCAGCUAUAAAGAAAAUAAUAUUACACACAAAAUUGCAUCAACCUUUUUCUCUCCUAUAAGCGCACGAAAAGCUUUUCCAUGUUUUGAUGAGCCGAGGUUUAAAGCAAAAUUUUCUUUAUCUCUUACUCAUAAUGAAAGAUAUCAUUCCAUUUCAAAUAUGCCUAUGUUAAUAAGCAAACGCAACGGAACACUAAUAUCAACUUUGUUUCAUAUAACGCCUAUAAUGUCUACAUACACUAUUUGCUGGGUAGUUUCUGACUAUAAACACAUCAAGUUCAUAACUAAUAAUGGAUUAGUUAUAAAAGCUUGGGCGCCUAACUUACAACUUGUAGAAACAGAGUAUACCUUAAAUGCCACAGUAAUACUGCUCGAGUAUUUUGAAGAUUACUUUAAAAUACCUUUCCAACUAAAAAAACUUGAUAUCGUUGCAAUACCAAACUUUGGACCAGGAGCAAUGGAAAAUUGGGGUCUAAUAACCUACAGAUCUGAAAAGAUGUUAAUAAAUAAUGAAAUAUCAACAGAAAUAGAUAAACAAGCAACUUUUUUAAUUAUUGCUCAUGAACUAGUGCAUCAAUGGUUUGGUAACUUAGCAACAAUGAAGUUUUGGACUGAUGCUUGGUUAAAAGAAGGUUUUGCUAGUUACAUUAGCUAUUUUGGAUCUGAUCAAAUCAAACCAAAUAUGGAAUCUAUGAAAAAAGUUUUCACUGAGCUAAUGAUACCGGCUUUUAAUUUAGAUUCUUUUUUGACUUCGCAUCCGAUUUCAACAAAGGCAGCAAAUUCCAAUGAAAUUCGUGAAAUUUUUGAUACAAUAACAUACAAUAAAGGUUCAUGCAUUGUCCAAAUGCUUCACAGUUAUUUAGGAAAAGAAAAAUUUAGAAAGGGGCUCCAACAGUAUCUCAACAUAUAUGCAUAUAAAAACGCCGACCAAGAUGAUCUGUGGAAACAACUAAGUUUAGUUAGUGGUAAAGAUAUAAAAUCCGUUAUGGACUCUUGGACUUUGCAACUUGGUUUUCCGGUUGUCUCCAUUGAUAGAAUAGAUAACGAAACUGUUAUUGUAUCUCAAGAACGAUUUAGCCUGGACAUUUUAAAAAAAGAUAAUCAACUUGAUUACCUAUGGAAAGUACCAAUAAUGUACAAAACUAAAGGAAAUACUUUUACAUAUUUGCUAUCUACCAAGCAGGCUACAAUUAAAUUUCCUACCGAUGGUGUCAUGAAUCCAGACCAUACUAUGUAUUACAAAGUAAACUACGACACAAUAACAUUUAAUGUUAUUAAAAACACCUUAGAACUAAAUCAUACGCAACUAACUGUUCAGGAUAGAACUGGGAUCAUUUCAGAUCUGUUUAGUAUGGUGACAGCAGGAAAAAUAAAAAUCGAUAAAGUUCUUAAUACAAUAAAAUAUAUAAAAAACGAAAUGGACUAUUAUCCGUGGCAAGUAACUUUAUCUGAGCUAAGCUUUAUUGAUCAUGUAAAAAAUGAGGACAACUAUAAAGAAAUGUUUCAAGUUUACAUAAAAAGCCUAAUUUCAAAAGUUGUUACAGAUUUAGGUUGGAGAAAACCCAGCUCUACAAACAAAGGUCUGCUACAAUCUUUAGUCCUAGGAAUGGCUUGUAAAUAUAAUAUUGAAACAAUUGUUGAAGAUUCCAAAAAUUUUUUCAGGCAAUUAUUUAUAUUUUUUAGAAUUUUCAAUCUUGUUUUUUAAUGUUGUAGAUGGAAUUGGAGAGAGUGUGUA